GGAUGAAGAAACCCUUGACUUAGUCUGGAUCGUGUAGGGAAUUGUAAGGUUCCUGGUUUGACAACCUAAGUCAAUGGUUCGGAGCCGUGCAGUAUUGCAGGAAAUCGAUCACGGUAACGCAAGCUGGAGAUAUACCCUCUCUUCAUUGUUGGUGCCACGUUAUAUGCUAUCAUUCCUUUAAUCUUGUCUCUGUGUUAUAACGUUUUGCUAUUACUGAUAUUCCUUUAUUUUCCCUCUUCGUAAUAUCUACCAGGAUAAUCUGACGUGUGGCUUAACGAUUCAGUCCGUUGUGCAAUGAUGAUGGAUCAUAUGAUGAGUUAUACUCCAAAAAGUCCGGAGAAAUCAAGCCCAAGUUUUCCAGAGGACGUAGAAGAUGAUGAUGAGGAUCCAAUGGAUUUAGAGCCAUUAAAGUAUUCCUCUCUUCGACCACAUGUGAAUAAAAAUAACAUCAGCAACCAUAAUACUAGCAACACUACUAACAAUACCACCAGUAGUAAUACGCAUCAUGUAAAUAAUCAUUGUACCGGUGGAGGUGAGGAUGGUGAUGAUUAUGUUGACGAACAACUUGAUGUUACCAUGUUGCCACCAGAAGAUGAAGACGAUGAUAUCAAUGGAGGAACACGUGGAUUCAUGUUAAAUGUUGACAGUCCACGACACCAUCCAAUGGAUUCAACAGAGAAAAAGGUGCACUGGUCAAAUCAAAAUGUUCAAACCCUAUUGGACUGUGUUGAAAAACACUUGGAUGAAUUUAAUAUACAAAAAAAGCAUAAACAAAAAGCAGUACGUAAUGCUGAUAUCUUGCGACGUGUUGCACGUUUAAUUCUAGUUAUCUAUCCAAAUAUCGAUGCAACAACAAUGCAAGUGACUGGUGAUCGAAUCAGUACAAGUAAAUCUACUCCAAAUACACCCGGUGGUCCUGGUAGUCUAUCGUCGAAUAAAAUGGCGUUAUCUUCAUCCUUACACGCUCCAGAUUCACCUUUAUAUUUUGGUCUGUCUGGAACGCGUACACCACAUUCCUUAACACCAAAUUUUCAUUCCUCAAAUGGUCUAAAAUAUAAAACGGAGCAAUCAGGUUAUGAUACAUUGUCAACCACUCCACCUGUACCGUGUACAGCAUUGUUCACUAGUAAUUCACGGAGUUCAGACACCGAUAAGAAGAUGCAUAUAUCAUCUACACCGAAUUCAGUUAAUCAUGACAAUAGUACAACAUCGUCGUCAACAGAAGCAAUCUCACAAAAUACUAAUUCAGGAUUUCCGUUCUUCUUAAAUCCCGCUGCUGCAGCUCUCCUAGUUCAGUCACAGCUAUUCAAUGAUUUACUCCAUCAACAGCAAACAGCAUUAACACAAGAUGAGUCUAUGCCGCUGGAUAGCAUACAACAACGUGAACAGUUUUUGGCUUUAACUACCUCAUUAAAAAAUGCUCUACAUUCUACUAAUAGUACUACUGUUACUACCACUGGUACAACAACACAACAGACUACUAACACAAACAGUUGUGGCAAGAAUAUCACUAUAAAUGGGGAUUUCAAUACAGAGAAUAUUGCUAGUGUUGUUAAUAAUAACAAUAAUUCAUUGCAUGUUGCCAAUUUCGCCUCCAACUUGUUAAAUGGUUUAAGUAGUCUGGACACAUCACAGUAUCUAAGCUUGCUAGCCUCUGAGGCUGGUCUAAAUGGUAGUGUUACCGGUUAUCCCAAUUAUCAUAAUAGUUGCCAGCAGCAGCAACAACAACAACCGUAUACUUCUGGGGUUGACCGGUUACCACCGGGCAGUGAGUUGGCUGGUGUUGUCCAGCGUCUACGCAAUGAAGAGGCAAUUCAUCUACGCUUAACAGAUAUGGUCUCUCAUUUAGCUGAUGAAUUGAGAGCAGCUGGUUUACGCAGACGUGCAACAUUAGAUCAGUUAUUGAGAUAA